UACAACUUUCACAGUUCACACUAGAAGACUCAAAAAAGUCAAUAGUCAUCCACUGGAGACCAGAGAGGUUCUUCGAAUCUACCAGGAAAUUAAGCUCCAUAUCCGUUUCCUCCAUUGUUCAUUGACUAUUUCGGUGGAAAGUCAAGGUCAGGGGUCCGUUUACUACCACUUUUCAUUUGCCAAAUUUGAUCUUUGCAAAUUGGCUUUCUGCAACUUCUCAAUCCUUGCUAAUAAUUCUCUGGAAACCGAAACUUGCUGUUUACGAAUUGAUCUUGCUGGUUGAGCUUCUCAAUCUUUCUGGCUUUCUGCAGUUUGUUGUUUCUUAAUUAGAGGUUAUGAAUAUGGCUGCUUCUUCUUCUGCGGCUGCUGAUGUUCUCCCUCAACAAAAGUAUGACGUCUUUCUUAGUUUCAGAGGUGAGGACACCCGCUGUAAUUUUAUCAGCCAUCUCUAUGCUGCUUUGAAGCGGAAACAAAUCCAUACCUACAUGGAUGACAAGUCACUUGAGAGAGGAGAUGAAAUUGGACCUGCCUUAUUGACAGCAAUCGAGCAAUCCAAGCUUUCGAUAAUCAUUUUCUCAAAACACUAUGCUUCUUCUCGAUGGUGCUUAGAUGAACUUGUGCAUAUACUAAAAUGUAAAGAAGCAUAUGGACAGCUUGUUGUACCCGUUUUCUAUGACAUUGAUCCUUCAGAUGUACGGCGGCAGAAACAGACUUAUGCAGAUGCAUUUUUACUUCUUGAAGAGAGAUUCAAAGACAACAGGGACAAGCUGAGCAAGUGGAGGGAUGCUGUGACAACAGCAGCGAAUCUUUCUGGGUUUGAUUCACAAUCAAAAAAUAUCAAGCAUGAGAAUGAACUAGUUGAGGCAAUUGUCAAGGAUAUUUUGAUGAAACUGAAUCGGAACGUGUCAUAUGCUGCAAAGAGCCUGGUUGGGAUGGAUAACCACAUUCAUCAACUUGAAUCAUUAUUAUGCAUUCCUGCACAAGAUGUUUGCUUUCGCACAGUAGGUAUAUGGGGUAUGGGUGGUUGUGGUAAGACCACACUUGCUGAUAUUGUAUUUCACCAAAACUCAUCUGAAUUCCAUGCUUAUGUGUUUUUAGCAAAUGUUAGGGAAGAAUCAAAUAAACUUGGACUAUAUCAUUUGCGAAAUAAACUUGUUCGUGGGUUGUUAAAGGAAGAACAUUUAAGUAUUGACUCUCCAUCCAUAUGGCCGUCUUAUGUUUUAGAUAGGCUUUCUCGUACAAAGGUCCUUGCAGUUCUUGAUGAUGUGAGUGAUGAAAGUCAAAUAGAUUUUUUACUUGGAGAUCAAGUUCAGUUUGGCCCUGGAAGUAGAAUUAUUAUAACAACGAGAAAUAGGCGCCUAUUGAAGAAAAAAGUGCAUGAAGAUCAUAUAUACAAGGUGAGUGAGUUGUCUGAUGCUGAAGCUCUUCAGCUCUUCCAAUCAAUUGCUUUUAAAGAUGACUCUUCUAUAAAAGAUUGUUCAACCUUGUCAAAAGAAGUGGUCGAUUAUGCCGGAUGCAAUCCAUUAGCUGUUAAAGUUUUGGCUUACUCAUUCCUUCACUGCAAUAAUAAAGAAGCCUGGGAAGAGGAAUUGAAAAAAUUGAAAAAAUUUCCCAACAAAAAGAUACAGAAUGUGUUGAGAUUGAGUUAUGAUGGAUUAGAAGAAAAUGAGAAGGGGAUAUUUCUUGAUAUUGCCUGUUUUCUCAAAGGGGAGAAUAUAUGUGAUGCAAAAAGAAUUUUGGAAAUGCUUGGGUUCUUUCCAUUGACGGGAAUUGAAGUUCUCAAAGAUAUGUCUCUUAUAUCGAUCAGAGACAACCGCGUAGAGAUGCAUGAUUUGCUGCAGGAAAUGGGAAGGGCAAUUGCUGGUGGUAUUGAAGAACUUGCAAAACGCAAAAGAUUGUGGAAUGCUGAGGAUGGCUAUCAUGUAUUGCAUAAUGAAACAGGAACUUCAAAAUUUGAAGAACUUGAAGUCAUACACCUUGACAUGUCUAAGAUUCCAGAGUUACAAUUGAGUCCUACAGCCUUCAAGAAUACGCACAACCUAAAGUUGCUAAAAUUAUAUGUACCACAAGAAGUGCAUGAGGAAUGGAUACGUCAGAAAAGACGGACUGUCAAGGAGAAGCAGCCGAGCCCAUUUCCUUGGCUUCUUGGGGUCGGAGCAUUUCAGUGUUUCAUUGCCAAAUCAAGGAUCUGGGGAUUGUUAGAUUCAUACAACAAGGUUUGUGAUUAUGAUGAUGAAGUUUUCAGGAAGUUCUGGAAAGUGUUCUUUCCUAGAGGUCUCGAGUCUCUGCCUGAAAAUCUCAGAUAUCUCUAUUGGGAUGGAUACCCUUGGAAAUCUUUGCCAUCAAAAUAUUUUCCUGAACAGCUUGUUGAGAUUCAUAUGCCCCAUAGCCAAGUUAAGAACCUUUGGAAUAAUGGCCAGAAUCUUGGGAGCUUAAAACGGUUAAAUCUUUAUUCGUCCCAACACCUGAUUGAAGUUCCAGAUCUCUCUCGUUGUCCAAAUAUUGAAAAGAUCGAUCUAAGUUGGUGUAAAAGAUUGGUUGAUCAAGGUCCUUCAUAUUUCCAAAAUCUUGAGAAACUUACUUAUUUAGAUCUGAGUGGCUGCCAGAAUCUGAAAAUCUUUCCGGCGCUGCCGCGUAAUAUAGAAUUCUUAUCUUUGAGAUUUACCGGAAUAGAAGAAAUAUCGCCAUCAAUUUGGUCUCACGAAAAGCUUCAUACAUUGAAUCUUUAUAGAUGUUCCGAGCUCAAAAGAGGGCCUUUCUCGUCGUCAGUUGUGGGACGAUUGUGCUCUUUGAAAACCCUGAAUCUCAGUCACUGCCGUGGUGUAUCAGAAAUCGUUGAUAGUCUCAAUUGCUUAUCCACAUUACAAGAUAUAGAUCUAAGUUGGACCAUGAUUGAGAAAAUUCCUGCAAGCAUCAAAUAUGUUUCCGGGCUGCGCAGGCUAAUCUUGUACGCAUGCCAGAAGCUUCGAUAUUUACCAGAGCUCCCAUCGCAGCUAGAAGAAUUGGACGUGGGUGAGUGCCACUCAUUGAAAAGCGUGGCAAGUUCAAGGAGUACACUCAUGCAACCUCGGGAACAAUAUAGAGUUCCGCGUUAUGAUGAAGAGAGUGGAGAGGAAAUCUCGUUUCCUAAUUGCUUCGAAUUGGAUGAGAGUGCAAAGAACAACAUAAUGGGUGAUGCAGAGCUUAGAAUUACGCGAUUGGCAUCAUCAAAACAUGUACCUCUCUCUCUCUCUCUCUCUCUCUCUCUCGUCUCAAGUGGCCGGGAGGGUUGUUCUGUAACGGUCUAUUGUCCAGGAAAUGAAAUUCCUAGAUGGUUCAGCUAUCAAAGUGAGGGAUGUGAGAUAAACAUCAAGUUUCCUCAUCUUCAUACAACAUCAACCGUAGACUCAUGCUUGGGUUUCGCUCUAUCCGCUGUUGUUGUGGAAUACAGGGAGGAUGACUGUUUUGGGUUUGGGUUGCGGUUGGUAUGUGAGUACAAUCUCAAAACCAACGACGGUGAAGGCUAUCGAGGCGAGUUCAUAUCCGCCGAUGUUACGGAUCCAGGCCUCGGUAUAAUGGGGGAUCACGUGAUAGUGUUCUUUCGGCGGCACGGGUUCAACAAGGUCACUGAGGCGUCUUUUCGCUUCCACACAGCACAAUCGUUACGAUCGACCAGGAUGGUGGAGAAGUGUGGGAUUCAAAUCUUGUAUAACCUAUGAUACCUGGCCAUGAUGAGUCUCCUCUUUUCCACUCUCUGAUCUGAAAUGAUCAAUUCAGCCAAUUCCUCAUCAGUCUUGAUCUUAGGCUCAUAGCACAUUCGAUUCGAAAGUUAAACAGAGAUACUGACCCCAGUAUUUUGUACAGCAACUCCUUUUAGCACAUAUUUGAAUCGGAUUCGCAGAUAUUAAUCAAGAA